UCCAUCGAUCUCGCUCUCGCUCUCGCUCUCGAUCCCCCAAAUUCCACAUCCCAAUCCUAUGCUUCAUGGCGUCCCUUCUCACUCCUUCUCCUCCUCUCCUCCCUCUCCAUUGCCUCCAAUGAUCCCUCUCCUCCUCUCGUCGCCUCUCCCUCACCUCCCUUUCCCCUUCCUCUCUUCCCCUCUCUCCACCAUCCGCACCCGCCGGUUCCCCUCUUUCCGCCCUCUCUCCUCACUCAAGGAGACCAAGAAUCCCACUCUCCGCAAGGCCUCCUCCAAUGUCCCACAAAGCUUCAAGUUUGAUAACUCCAAGGGCGGAUCCGAUGGCCCUGGUGGCCCUGACGGCCCCGAGGGUGGCCUGGGCGGCGAGACCGUCGCCGCCGGCAGUGUUCUGGCUGGGAUUUUGCUUGUUGGACUCAUCGGAGGGGUUGGGGCUGUUGGGUUUCUCUAUAAGGAACAGAUCAACGCGUUUCUCAAUCAGCUCUCUGUGUUCAUCGAAGGUUAUGGGCCUGCAGGAUACGCUCUGUUUGUAGCUGUUUAUACUGGAUUGGAGGUUCUUGCAAUCCCUGCCAUCCCUUUGACUAUGUCAGCAGGUCUUCUUUUUGGUACCCUUACAGGUACCAUCAUUGUUUCUAUCAGCGGGACAUUGGCCGCAAGUGCAUCUUUUCUUAUUGCUAGAUAUUUUGCUCGAGAACGCAUUCUUAAAAUGGUCAAAGGAAACAAAAAGUUUAUGGCAAUUGACAAAGCUAUUGGAGAGAAUGGUUUCAAAGUGGUUACCCUUCUACGUUUGAGUCCUUUACUUCCAUUUUCUCUUGGAAACUAUCUAUAUGGGCUGACUUCAGUGAAGUUUGUCCCAUAUGUAUUGGGCAGUUGGUUAGGCAUGCUUCCAGGGACAUGGGCAUAUGUGAGUGCAGGUGCAUUUGGACGAGCCAUCAUUCAAGAUGAGUCAGAAUUUGGUGUAUUUGGAGGAAAUAACCAAUUAUGGACACUCGGAUUAGGCCUCUUAGCUACUGCAUUGGCUGCAACCUAUGUCACACGGCUUGCAAAGGAUGCUGUGAAAGACAUUGAGUAGAUGCAGAGGAAGAAAGUAGCUCCAUGAUACAAAUUGUAAAAUAUUUGGGAGGUAUCCCAUCACUUUGUAAGCCCUAGAACCCCUUACAUUUAUUUAUCCAAAAUCUGAUUAAUUUUUCUACUGAGCAUCAUGUGCUAUGGAUAUAAAUUGCUAAGUAUGUACAAUAUUGUAAUUAUGCUCACCAAUUUCACCUUUUUCCAUUCAUAUUUAAUUUAUGGUUGGUGCCA